AUGUCUACUAAGGUAUCGCUCCUGAAGAAACUCUGCAAGGCGGAGUACGACGAAAGCGGUGACAUGGAGGCGCAUUUGUUUCGAAUGGAUGAACAUUUCUCAAGUCUGAUGAGCGCGGGCCAGGAACUGGAUUCGAGCUUGAAAGUGGCCAUGGUUCUGAAAAACAAUGGAGAACGAACCUCGCAAUGGGCCGAACAACGGUUGAACGCAGCACCUGAUGAAAGCAAAGAGGAGCGAAUGCCGCAGCGAAGCCGGUCAGCCGAUAUGGUGCAACGAGUGUCUACCAACAACCCGGCCACAGCGUCAGGACAGCAGAGUGAGUAUCUAGCUCAGCCACAACGCGAUGCGCAGGUCCGCGCCAUGGAACAGCAGCAACGCCUCGAGCAGGUUCCCGUCUCGGAGCGGCAGCUGUGCGAGCAGUUCAUCGGCAUGGAUAUGCAGCAGCGGGCUGUGUUGCAGCAGCAGCGAUGUGGUGCGUUCCCCGUCCAGGCGCAAGGCUCCGCGCAGGUGCCCGAUAUGCAGCAGCAGCGGAGCGGUGUGUACCCCGUCCAGGUGCAAGGCCCCGGGCAGGUUUCCGAUUCGCAGCAGCAGCGGUGUGGCGUGUACCCCGUCCAGGUUCCCGAUACGCAGCACCAGCGGAGUGAUGUGUACCCCGUCCAGGUGCAAGGCCCCUUGCAGGUUCCCGGUCCGCAGCAGCAGCGAUGUGGCGUGUACCCCGUCCAGGUGCAAGGCCCCGGGCAGAUUCCCGAUUCGCAGCAGCAGCGGUGUGGCGUGUACCCCGUCGAGGUGCAAGGCCCCGUGCAGGUUCCCGAUACGCAGCAGCAGCGGAGUGGUGUGUACCCCGUCGAGGUGCAAGGCCCCGGGCAGGUUCCCGAUUACCAGCAGCAGCGGUGUGAUGUGUACCCCAUCCAGGUGCAAGGCCCCGGGCAGAUUCCCGAUCCGCAGCAGCAGCGGAGUGGUGUGUACCCCGUCGAGGUGCAAGGCUCCGCGCAGGUGCCCGAUAUGCAGCAGCAGCGGAGCGGUGUGUACCCCGUCCAGGUGCAAGGCCCCGGGCAGAUUCCCGAUCCGCAGCAGCAGCGGUGUGGCGUGUACCCCGUCCAGGUGCAUGGCCCCGUGCAGGUUCCCGAUACGCAGCAGCAGCGGAGUGGUGUGUACCCCGUCCAGGUGCAAGGCCCCGUGCAGGUUUCCGAUUAUCAGCAGAAGCGACGUGGUGUGUACCCCGCCCAGGUACACACCCAGGAGAAUGUUCCUUUGUUGGAGGAGCAUAAAUGUAGCCCGUACCCCGUCCAGGUACGAUGCAACGCGCAGUCGUGCGACACGUAUAGGAAGGAGUCCAGUGCGUACCACGCCCAGGUACAAUUUCGUGCACAAGUCCCCGGUCUGGAGCAGCAAAUGUAUGGUGCCUACUCCAGCCAGGUACAACAGCAACCACAUUUUAGAGUUGCGGAUCCGGCAUACCCCGUCAUGCGUCCCGAACAGAUGCAACCAUCUUACUUGGAAGGUAUUGCCCCGCAACAGCAAGGCAUGUUUGGCCGAAGAAGCUUCCAACAUUUUCAGGCGAUCCAGAAGAAUGGCCCGUAUUUAUAA